AUGUACAGACAGUGGGCAGUGGUGAAUAUUUUCAUGAUGUCUUCUCUGCAGUUCGUGCAGGGCUCCAGUUAUGAACGUGGACCAGUGAAGCGGGCCUCUCGGUCAAUGUUAGAACGAUCUGAGCAGCAGAUCAGGGCAGCUUCGGGUUUGGAGGAACUACUGCAGAUCACACACUUCGAGGACUGGAAGCUAUGGAGAUGCCGACUGAAGCUCAAAAGUCUCACCAGCACAGACUCUCGCUCAGCAUCCCAUCGAUCCACCAGGUUUGCGGCCACUUUCUUUGACAUGGAGACACUCAAAGUUAUAGACGAGGAGUGGCAAAGAACACAGUGCAGCCCUCGAGAGACCUGCGUGGAGGUGGCCAGUGAGCUGGGGAGCAGCACAGACACAUUCUUCAAGCCUCCCUGUGUGAACGUGUUCCGGUGUGGCGGCUGCUGCAACGAAGAGAGCCUCGUCUGUGUCAAUACCAGCACCUCGUAUGUUUCCAAACAGCUCUUUGAGAUAUCAGUGCCUUUGACAUCAGUACCUGAAUUAGUGCCUGUUAAAGUUGCCAACCAUACAGGUUGUAAGUGCUUCCCAACAGCUCCCCGCCAUCCAUUCUCAAUUAUUAGAAGAUCCAUCCAGAUCCCAGAAGAAGAUCGCUGCUCCCAUUCCAAGAAGCUCUGUCCUGUUGACAUGCUCUGGGAUAGCAACAAAUGUAAAUGUGUUUUACAGGAGGAGAAUCCACUGGCAGGAAUGGAAGAUCACACUCACCUCCAGGAACUGGCUCUCUGUGGUCAGCACAUGAAGUUUGAUGAAGAUCGUUGUGAGUGUGUCUGUAAAACGCCAUGUCCCAGAGAUCUCAUCCAGCACCCAGAGAACUGCAGCUGCAUUGAGUGCAGAGAGAGUCUGGAGAGCUGCUGCCAGAAGCACAAGAUAUUUCACCCAGACACCUGCAGCUGUGAGGACAGAUGCCCCUUUCACCCCAGAACCUGUGCAAAUGGAAAACCGGCAUGUCCAAAGCAUUGCCGCUUUCCAAAGGAGAAAAGGGCCACCCAUGGGCUCCACGAUCGAGAAAAUCCUUGA